GGAAGUGUUGAAGCAGAUGUGACAGUUCAGUGAAGCGUAUCAACUGCGGAGCUUCAAAGAAACAAUGUUGCAGUUACAUUUCACGAAUGAUACUUUGCCCGACAAUGUCAGCACUGACUUUCAGAAUCUGAAUAAGUUCACUGAUCAGCAAUUUGUGGAUCUGACAGAGAUUUUAUACCAGUUCUUACUAGAGCCCAGUGAGUCGGAGCGGUUCUUGGACCAGUUGACAGAGUUUGCUGGAGAGAAUGGGAUGAGUGUGGGGCCUUUGAGGGGUCUGAUGAAGAGUGUCCUCCUGCUACCUCAGGGUGCUUUAAAAAGAAACCUGUCAGCUGAACAGGUGAAGGUGGACUUGCUUUCAUUAGGGUUAAAUGAGGACAAGGCCAGUCAUUUCUCUGACCAGUGGAGUGUCCACUACCCUGUUUUGUCCAGAUUGGCAGUGGGACAGACAUUGAUGGUCAACCAGCUUGUUGACAUGGAGUGGAAAUUUGGUGUUACUGUGGGUACAAGUGAGCUGCAAAAGACUGGAAACAUUUUUCUACAGCUGAAACUUGUAGUCAGAAAAGGAAACACAACAGAAAAUAUGUACAUGGAGCUGACUUUACCCCAGUUCUAUAACUUCCUUCAUGAGAUGGAGCGGGCCAAAGCCAGUAUGGAUUGUUUCAGUUAACUGGUUCAUGUCUAGGUUCAUGUCUAUAGUUAACAGUUGUGUGCUAACCAGUGAACAGACAAAAUGAUGUUCCUUUACUGCAGGGGUGGAGCCUCCUUAUGAAAUGUUUCAAGAAGAAACUGGUUUAUUGAUCAUGCAGAGUUGAUUAUUAUUAUACACACAAGAUGAUUAUUUACAUCCGUGUGUGUGUGUGUGUGUGUGUGUGUGUGCGCGUGUGUUUUGGCACAAAGAGCACAUUCCGCAUGUUCUUCACUAGUGAUUAUCUGAAAAACACAUUUUGCUGAAUAAACUAAUGAUGAAUUUCC